UUUCAGUUGGCAAGUAUUCUUUACCGCAUGUAAAAUAUAGAUCAUAGUUUUCUAGUAGACUCUCAAUGAUCUCAUAAGAGUAGAUUCUAGAGGAUCAGGAUUUGAAGUCGAAUUUAGACAUAGACUCUAGAAUCUACGGAAAGUAGACGUUUAGAUUUUUCUGAGGAUAUUUGACCUACACUACAGUUUUCGAGUUCUGUUAGAUCUAGUGUGAUAAGAUUAGUUAGGUAGAUUUAUAUUAAAAAAUUCUCAUUCUGAAAAUGGACGAAGAUUGGGAGGAUGCUGUUCAACCCGUUGGUGCCAAUACGUUUUCGAUGAUGAAUGCUAGAGAGAAUGCAUCAUUUGGGAAAGCUUCAUUGACUAGCACAUUUAUUGGAAAAACUGUCAGAGGUCUUGGAAGAGGACUUGUAGACAACAGUCAAUCUUCAUUUGGGGGUAUUGGGUUUGGCAACAAAUCAAACCAAGAAAAUAAACCACAGUCACAUGGCAAUGGAUUUGGUAGAAAAGAAUUUGGGAAUGAAAAUGGAAGUAGAACAUUUGGAGCCAACCGGUCCAAUAACACAGAGGACAGUGGUGAUACAAAGUCAUUUGGGGGUUUUGCUGCUAUUAGAGCAUCUGGAUUGUGCAACGCACAGAGUGACAAAAGUACUUCCAAUGGGACAGGGAAUUCAUUUUCAAAUAAAGAAAGUGGUGGUUUUGGAAGAGGUGGUGACAGGAAUAAAAGAGCAGGAGAUUGGAUUUGCCCUAAUGAAAAUUGUGGGAACAGCAACUUUGGUUUUCGCCAAUCCUGCCAGAAAUGUGACACUCCCCGAAGUGAUGAUAACAUGAAAAGAGACAAUUCAGAUUCUGGCUUCAGAAAAAAUAACUUUGGUGGUCAAGGUUUUGGCGGAGGAGGUGGUAGUGAUGGUAAUAAAAGGUCAGGAGAUUGGACAUGUUCUAAUGAAUCAUGUGGAAAUAACAAUUUUGCUUUCAGGCAAACAUGUCAAAAGUGUGACACUCCAAAAGAUGACUCAGGUGGUGAUUCUGGCUUUGGGAAUAAUCAAUCACAGUCAGGCUUUGGCAAAGCUAAAUCAGGAGGAUUUAAAGGUUCCGACUCAAAGCCUGGUGGCAAACCGAGGGGGGAGGAAUGGAUUUGCCCAAAUGAGGACUGUGGCAACAACAAUUUUGCUUUUAGAAAAGAAUGUAUGAAAUGUAGCACACCCAAACCUGGAGGAUCCACUGAUGAUGCUGGAGUCAGUCGACCAGCGCCUUACAUCCCUCCUGCACCUUCAGAUAAUGUGGAUGAUAUUUUUGGCGGACAUGUUCAGAAAGGGAUCAAUUUUGACAAGUACGAUGAUAUUCCAGUGGAAGUCAGCGGCCAUGACCAAUGUGGUUUUAUCACAACUUUUCAAGAAGCUGGCCUUUUGCCAACAUUUCUCCGCAACAUCAAGAGGGCUAACUAUGAGCGUCCAACACCCAUCCAAAAAUACUCAAUUCCAAUUAUAAUGGCUGGAAGAGAUUUAAUGGCUUGUGCACAAACUGGUUCUGGAAAAACGGCUGCCUUUCUCUUACCUGUGUUGACCUCCAUGAUUCAGAAAGGUUUAACCACAGACAAAUACCAAGAUGUUCAAUAUCCUCAGACCAUCUGUGUUGCUCCAACUAGAGAGCUAGCUCUGCAGAUCUACAAUGACUGUCGUAGAUUUGCCUAUGAGACAGAUGUGAGAGCUGUAGUGCUGUAUGGUGGAACAUCUCUGGGCUAUCAAAUAAAACAAAUAGAGCAGGGAGCCAAUAUUGUCAUCGGUACCCCAGGGCGUUUGCUGGAUGUCAUUAAUAGAGGAAAAGUGAAUUUGUCCCAAGUACUUUAUCUCAUACUGGAUGAAGCUGACCGCAUGUUAGACAUGGGGUUUGAACCUGAAAUUAGAAAACUAGUGGAAACUAUGGGAAUGACUCCUAAGACACAGCGACAAACUCUCAUGUUCUCUGCUACAUUUCCCGAAGAGAUACAAAAAUUGGCAUCAGACUUCUUAAAUGAUUACCUCUUUGUGACCAUUGGACGAGUGGGUGGAGCCAAUACAGACGUUUCACAGAAUUUCUUUGAGGUGGAGCGUCUUCAGAAACGUGAUGCUCUCUGUGAUAUUCUACGAGCUGGAGAAAAUGAAAAGACUCUUGUUUUUGUUGAGAUGAAGAGGAACGCUGACUUUUUAGCAUCCUACUUGUGCCAGUCUGGCUUCAAAACUACCAGUAUUCAUGGUGAUAGGUUACAAAAAGAACGUGAAGAAGCCCUUGAAGAUUUUAAAAGAGGAAGUUCCAAUGUAUUAGUCGCCACCUCAGUUGCCGCUCGCGGCCUUGACAUUCCUGAGGUGAUGCAUGUUGUGAAUUAUGACUUGCCAUCUUCCAUUGAUGAAUAUGUGCAUCGCAUUGGCCGCACUGGACGUUGUGGCAACCUGGGCAAGGCCACCAGUUUUUUUAGUGCUGAUACAGAUUUACCAUUGGCUGCUAGUCUGGUUCGAAUCCUUAAAGAGGCUCAUCAGGAAGUUCCAGAUUGGCUAGCAGCUCAUGCCAGUGGUAUGGGCCCAGGAGAUACUGGAACAUUCACUUCCAAAUUUGGAGGAAAGGAUAUCAGAGCAGGAAAGCUAUCUGCCCCUGGUAAAGUUGAAGACAGUUGGGCUGCCGGGACAGGUGCAAGUUUUGCUGAUCGUGAUGAAGAAGAGUGGUAGUUAGUUUUAUGCUGAGACUUCCAAGUUUUUAUGUUUUUAUGCAUUUACAGUCAACAACUGUUUGUAUAAAGUUGAUUUCUUGUUGAUUAGGCCACAAAGUUGUUGGUUCUUUUUUGGUUUAUUUUGUUUCAUUAUUUUGACAAAGUUCUCUUGUUGCUGUAUAUAGUGUACAAUAAAAGUAUACUACAAUA